GAAGGGUGACGCUCUGCGCGCGUGGUGGUUCCAGCAGUUCUCCACGGGGAGAAGAAGAAGAAGUGGUUGUCGGGCAAAGCGAUUCCAUAAUCCUCUGGCCGCCUUUGACGUCCUCGUCUAUUUUUGCAAUGAGCAGCACCAGAAGCAUUAUCGUUGAGGAGCCCUCAGGACAUCAGAAAAAUGAUAAGGGACUUCGCAGUCUCUGGACAUUCCGUCCCUCGAAGAAGACUCUCCUGACACUCAUCGCAGUGGCUGCGUUUUAUGUACUAAUACCCCUCGUCUUCCUUCAACGACCACACGCGAUUCUUCCUAUCCCACAGCAAAGGGAACGGCCCGUAUACUUCUACGGUGUCGACAAUUCCACCGGCUUCAAUUCGUACGUGGUACCAAACGUCGUCCACUACGUGCGAUUCGGACAGCCGGACGUCUCUUUCAUUGACGCAGUUAGCAUGCGCUCUGCGUACAUUAACCACGCUCCGGACCAAAUCGUGGUGCAUUGCGACGUGUGCCAGCUAGGCGGCCCGUAUAGCUAUAUGAUCCGGGAUAUACCGAUCAUUAAAUUUAACAAACGGCCCCCACCAAAGUCCAUUUAUGGACGGAAGGUGAGCUGGAUUGAACACGCCUCGGAUAUUGCUCGCCUCCAGAUUCUGCUUAGGUACGGGGGCAUCUACUUGGACAACGACUGCAUAGUCAUUCAACCUAUGCACCAUUUUCGCCACUUUGAGAUGUCUGUAGGGUGGCCACCUGAAGAGUACAUGGGAAACAUGUUGUUCGUGGCUACCCCCGGUGCCCGAUUCCUUCGGCUGUACCAGGAACUUUACCGCGGGUACAACAGCAGCCUGUGGUAUUACAACGCCGGAGCCCUGCCAACCAUGCACCUGCUGUGGCCUCAUCCCCACCUUGUCCACCAAGUCCCUGUCCUCUUCGGUGUGCAAGGAGACUUGCUGGGGAUGCUGUACGCUCCUGGUGAACAUACCAAAUGGAGGGGUUAUUUUGCGGUGCACACGUCUUUGCGCUACCGUUCUCGAACGAAAGGUGUCUCGUAUCAGAAGGUUGACUUCAAGAACGUAAGGACGCACAACACAUCGCUGGGGGAAAUGACUCGUGAGGUUCUCUUUGGUACCUCAGCCUUUGUGAGCGACUCCGCCGAAGUGAAACCCGUGUCCGAGCUUUACGCUGCGAAGCGACUGCAGUCGAAAGAGGGAUCAGCGAUACGAAGCAGUAGUGGAGGAAGACUCCGUUAGGUAGACAGUGUGUAAAUAUGUAGUUGUAAAUAUCUAACAACGAAUAAGGUGGUGUACAGGAAAAUAAAACUUCAGUAAUUU